UGUCUGCAGAAGGCUGGUGUCCUGGAGUGGCACAUCAGUUUGGUCAGUUCGCCCAGCACUCCUUCCUCUCCUCUUUCUCCCUCCCUUCCUCUUUCUCUCGCUUCCUCGUUCUCAUACUACCCGGCACUUGAAAGAAGAGAGAAGCCCUGCUUCAUGGCUUAGAGAAUGAGCUCUGCCUCUCAGCUGCAGACUGAGAGAAGAGAAGAGAGGAGAGGAGAGAGAAGGGGAGAGAGGGAAAAGGGAGGACUAAAGACGAAAGCAAAAAGGCAGCGACACACUUGCAUCUGUUGUGGCAGCGUCCUGCAACCGAGAAGCGAAUGAGAAAGUGUCAGAGAGAGAGUAUGCCAGAGUGAGAGGAGAGAGAGAAAGAGAGGAGAUGUCAGACUGCCGUGUCCUUGAGAACUGCACCACAACUCUUUGAAGAGGGCCGGGAAACGUAUCUGAGGACUGAGCGCACCUUACAGCAGUUACCUGAGUUGACGAACAUCAGAAUGAACUUAUCGAAGGGGCCAUUGGUGAACAGCAGCAGUGAAGAUAACUCCAAGUCAACUUAUAGUAAAUGCGGCGCUGGCGCCUGGAGGAUGCACCAGAGCUACGAUCCACUAGAGGCCAACCACAUGAGAGACGCACAUGCCCUCUACAACCCCAGGCUUCUCUGCAGAAUGUCCAGUAAGGAGCGCCACCUUGAGUCCAACUGUCCGUCCUCUUAUAUAAAGACUGAGCCGUCUAGUCCUGCAUCCCUGACUGACAGUCUAAACCAUCACUCCCCUGGUGGCUCCAGUGACGCCUCAGGUUCCUAUUCGUCCACAAUGAACGGCCACCCCAACGGCUUAGACUCCCCAAGCCUUUACGGCUCCAACGCCGGGCCCCUGGGACCUGCUGGCGGCCCCGGUUCAAAGCGUUAUGAGGACUGUUCAUCAACUAUUGGGGAAGAUUCACAGAUUAAGUGCGAGUACAUGUUGAAUUCGAUGCCCAAGAGGCUGUGUCUGGUCUGCGGGGACAUUGCAUCAGGGUACCACUAUGGAGUGGCAUCCUGUGAGGCCUGCAAGGCCUUCUUCAAACGCACCAUCCAAGGCAACAUUGAGUACAGCUGUCCAGCCACCAACGAGUGUGAGAUCACCAAGAGGAGACGCAAGUCGUGCCAGGCCUGCCGCUUCAUGAAGUGUCUGACUGUGGGCAUGCUGAGGGAGGGUGUUCGUCUGGACAGGGUUCGUGGUGGGAGACAGAAGUAUAAACGCCGGAUAGAUGCGGACAACAGUCCAUACCUGAACCCACAGCUGGCUUUACCUCCCAAGAAGCCAUUUGCCUUUGGCUGCCUUGCAGAUAACAAAAUCGUCUCUCACCUGCUGGUGGCCGAGCCAGAGAAGAUUUAUGCCAUGCCUGACCCAACAGUACCAGACAGCGACAUCAAGGCCCUGACUACGCUGUGUGACCUGGCGGACAGAGAGCUGGUGGUCAACAUCGGCUGGGCCAAACAUAUCCCAGGUUUCUCUACGCUGUCUUUGGCAGACCAGAUGAGUCUACUGCAGAGUGCAUGGAUGGAGAUCUUGAUCCUACGUGUUGUCUACCGCUCACUGUCCUUUGAAGAUAAGUUGGUGUAUGCUGAGGACUACAUAAUGGACGAGGACCAGUCGAAGCUAGCUGGACUUCUUGACCUGAACAAUGCAAUCCUUCAGCUGGUCAAGAAAUACAAAACUAUGAAACUGGAGAAGGAGGAAUUUGUCACUCUCAAGGCUAUUGCUUUGGCUAACUCAGACUCAAUGCACAUUGAAGAUGUGGAUGCAGUGCAGAAGCUCCAAGAUGUGCUCCACGAGGCCCUGCAGGACUACGAGGCUGCCCAGCACCAGGAGGAUCCCCGCCGGGCGGGCAAGCUGCUCAUGACCCUCCCCUUGCUCCGUCAGACCUCCACCAAGGCUGUGCAGCACUUCUACAGCAUCAAGCAGGACGGCAAAGUCCCAAUGCACAAACUCUUCCUGGAGCUGCUGGAAGCCAAGGUCUGAGGACGGGGGAAUUGAUAGAAGGACAGCUAGACACCGCUCUGAACCACUUGAGCUUCAACUCAAACUCUCACUUUGAAUGACCUCUUGCUCUUUUACACACACACACUCUUACACACACGCACACACAGAAAUAUGUCCCUGAAGUAUGUCUGCUGACACAUCCCCAUAUGAAUAAGCAAGUAACCUAAACCUCUUACCUGAACCCUAAACCUCCACCGUCUUUGACAAAAGGGUGCUCACUUGACCUUUUGUUUUGGGGAAGAUGCUGAUAGACUGACAUGACCCCCUUAUUACAAAGGGAAGAUGAUAUUUCCUUUUCAAACUAUUAACAAUCACCUAACUGUUACCACAGUGGUCCGAACACUGACGAUGGCAAAACUCUUACGCAUUUAAUAACGAUUAAGGUGUUAUUAAUGACAAACGCUUAAAUGAGGACACAUUUAAAAGAAACUGAAAACUCUUCAUUUUAGUCCUGAGAGACUGUAAGACUGCACUCGUGUCUCCUUUUCCCUCCCUAUUUCCCCCAACAGAGAUUUUUUAAGUGUUCAAGAAGAAAACGAGUGGAGAAAAAAAUGAACACUAAAGAAGUAUUAAUGACAUCUGUUGACAAAUUACAUGUACUAUGAAAUUUGGAUGGAUGGACAGAAAGAAAAGAAGAGGAGAUUUGCCCUGCCAAAGAAUGGAGCUCAUCCAUUCAGAGGAUGCCAGCAAACUUUACUGUCAUAACCCAAAACUGUUUCUGGUUUGAUCUACCAGUGGUUUUCAAUGCUGGGCCUCAAGAGUACUGCUGGUUUUCUGUUAUUUAAAUUCAUUUGUGGUGAUUUAUGAAAACCAGCAGGGCUCAAGAGUACAAGUACCUGGAUUGGAAAGCACUGCUGUAAACACUUUCUGGUUCUCCCUAAAUUCAGCUCCUGGUUUCCCAUGACUCCCCGACUUCAACUUUACUAUUUGUUGCAUUUAUUGAGGAUCAGUGACCAUGGCCUCCCAAACCUGUCAGUAUUACCAUAGCAUUAGUGUUUGCACACUUGAUGUGGCUGAAAAUGCUUUCAAAUAUUCAAAGUACUUCAGAUGUGAUUGAUUGACAGAGUUUAUAAGUAAAAUUUGACUCAUAAAUCGCUAAUAAGACUUGAUAUAUCAAGAAUGGUUCCUGCUUGGCCAGCUGGUAGAUGUAAGCUCAGUCCACAGUCUCCGUGACACUACUUAUCCUGUCAAACAUUCGGCUUGUGAUUGGACAUCUGUUUGAAACAUUUCCAGCCGCUUAGUGGCCAGGUUUGUUGCUCUCCACACACAAGUCAGUAGACGUUUCAGUCUGUCAAUGUGCCAUUACGGAUAGUCCAGCCCCGCUCAAUAACCCAAACUCCCAAAACUGCAAAGUGUCACGUCAGUACUACCCUCCUUGCGUCGUUGCAUUCACAAAUUCCAGCCCAUCUCUUGCGUCAGUACAGAGAUGUUUUUGUGAUUCAUUGAGGGAUGAUGAGGGAGCUUCAGUCACUCAACGCAAUAUAAACCAGAAGGAAAGGUGUGCUGACAAAACUGACUGAAGAACAACUAUUGUUGCUUUCAAACUCCUUAUUUUAUUCUUGAUUUCUAUCUUGAAAAUAAUCUUAGCAAUGAUACCAGUAUUAGGGUUGUAAAUAACUGUCAUCCUGUAUAUGACAUAUAACACGGCUUUGUUUUUGUUAUUAAUAUUGUCUUCUUAAAACUGAAUCAAUCAAUAUGUCUUUCCUUUUUUCUAUCAGCUUGACCACUUUCAGCGAUUAUCAUAUAUAUAUAAAUAUAACAAGUAAUAAUGUAUUAACAAAUCAGCGUUUAUCUUAGAAAACUCUGAGCAAUAGUGGUUUUUAAAGGAGGGGUUUGUGCAUAUGGACUAAGUCUGCAAUAUUAACAUUAAUGUGCCAGUCUUAAAUUUGGGAGAGAGAGAGAGGAUGGGGAUUUGAGGAGAGUUUGUAGCUUCUCCUUCUCUCUGUGUAACUUGCCAUAAGCUAUUAGAUAACAGUCAAUAUUUCCUUUGUUAGAGACAAUUAGGCAGGAACCAAUACGGACCAGAAAUGUGAGGAUGAGAUAUUAAUGUCACAUAAAAGCUGUGUGAAGAAUGGUUGUUGUGAGGGUUGAAGAUGUAACACAAGCAGCUAAAAACUAAAAGAUCCAACUUACAGUUUGCAAUUAUCACAUGAUUCUGAUGUUUGCACCAUUCUUGUGACCAGGCUCUUUUUGCUGGCACAGGAGAGAGUUCUUUGUUUAAAAUCCACUGUUUAAUCCACAGUUUUUGUGCUUGAGGUGUAUGUUUUUUCAGCCGUGUGGUCGAGUGCGGGGACCAUCAGAAUAACCUGAAUUAAUCUGGAUCUGUGCUGAGGGAAAUGGUACUAAAUGCAAAAACAAAACAUCCCCAUGAAAAAAGCACAACACUGACAGUUUCACGCUAGCUCACUCUUCCACCUCUUGUUAUCAAUUUUAAAGGAAAUGGUUGUAAUGGUAAAAAUGAACAGCGCUUCCAAAUAAAAAUAAUAAAAUCUAAAUUGAUAAAAAUGUAUAACCAUUACAAGAUGUUUUGUUUUGUAGUUUCUGUCUACCAAUUUGUGUUGUACUUAAAAUCUACAAUGAAACCUGCAUUUUAAGUGGACAUACAGAGGUCUCAUCAAAUAGCAGUUUUGAAAAUAUACCUUAAUUAAUUAAACCCAUAACCACAAGGACUUUACGUGCUGAUUUUGUUGUAGUGACAACAUCUAAAAGUUGCCUGUUUAAUUAAAGUGGAGUGUUUCGGGGCAAGAAAUGGAAAGCUGAGCUUACAGGAACCUGUCUGACAUCUUACAGUCAAGUGAAGGAACAUUCAUUUCAUUGUUAUAGCAAAAUUGCAUACUGUACAGUUGAACGAUCACAGCUUUAAAAGGUGAAGGCAGUCGAGGGAUUUUUUUAUAUCAUUGUUUAUGUAAUUUCUAAGCCCGAAUAAAAAUGCCAUAAUGUGUAAUCUAGACGGUGUAAUCUAAUAAAAAAUGGCAACUUGUCAUAGCUGAGGAGUGCUGCAGUUGAAGUGUAGCUGAUCUCUAACAUCACACGCUCUGUAUCAACAUCAGUAUUAUUAGUAAGAGGUAUUUUCUCAGCCUUCUUAAACAUUGUAUAUUGUAAAUUAUACAGAUUAUAAUUCUAACAUAAGACAUUUUAUUGGAAACAAAAUCGAGAAAAAAAAAGAAAAAAAUGUAGUUCAGCCUCGAUGUGUGUUUCAUGUUUCACUGUUUUUUUUUCUGUCAAGAAAAAAAACCUGU